AUGUCUCAUUAUCAGUUUAAAACAGCGGGUCCUCUCCCGCCACCAGCACUGCCAGCAGACAAGCUCAGACUGUACCAUGUAGAUAUGAACCCAUACGGUCACAGAGUCCUUCUAGUAUUGGAGGCGAAGAAGGCCAAAUAUGAAGUGUACAAAUUGGAUCCGUUGAGGCUACCAGCUUGGUUUAAAGAGAAUAACAGGAGAUAUAAAAUCCCAGUAUUGGAAGUACCGACAGACCAUGGCGACAAAUAUCUAUUUGAGAGUGUGGUCAUCUGUGAUUAUUUGGACGAGAAAUACCCGCGGAAUCCAUUGCAUUCCAGCGAUCCGUUCGUGAAGGCACAGGACAGAUUGCUUAUCGAAAGAUUUAAUGAGUUAAUCAAAGGUAGUCUGGAGUGCUUCGAUACAAACUUCGUAUUCGGCAGUGAACAAAUUCUGCAGACAAUGGAUAUUUUCGAAAAGGAAUUGGCGUUUAGGGGUACAAAUUAUUUUGGCGGGGACCGUCCCGGAAUGUUGGACUACAUGAUUUGGCCAUGGCUGGAACGCCUUUACCUCAUGAGGGUAGUCGAUCAGCGAAAGUUUGACGAUAAACGCCACUAUUUUCCUAAUUUUGCGGACUGGGGUGAUCUAAUGCAGCUAGAUGACGUGGUCAAAAAACAUUCACGGUCACCGCAAGAAUACUUUGAUUACUACAAAAAUGUUAAAACGCAUUCGAUGGGAUUCUACCUUUAG